UUUUCAUUGAGAUAAUAUUAUAUUGGUCUUAUGGACGAUAUUAUAUUAUUAUUGAUGCAACAUGUAGAUAAGCGACGACUUCAUUUGCAAACUACUAGGCACUUCCCUUGGUCCAUCAAUGUUUUUCCUACAUAUUGAUUGCAAUUAUCAAACUCUGCAAAAUUUUCAAUCUUCCUGUUAAUCCAUCUGCUUGCCUUUGUCUUGUGUGUCUCUUUUUUAAGGAUGACUGCACAUAUUGCAUACGGUGUUGCUACACGCCUCAUUAAUAGGUUGGCUUCUGCAGCCUUUGAUGAAUUUGGAAGGAUUAAUGGUGUUAUGGAUGAAUUGGAAAGGCUUAAGAACACAGUUGAAUCCAUCAAAGCUGUGCUCCUUGAUGCUGAAGACAAACAAGAGCUCAAAGACGUGCUUCUUCCUGCUGUUGAUUUGAUAGAUGAGUUUCUUAUUGAAGAUAUGAUACACAAAAGGGAUAAAGCUGAUAAGAACAAAGUGACACAGGUAUUUCAUUCCUUCUCUCUAAGCAGAGCUGCUUUUUGCCAUAAAAUGGCUCUUGAGAUUGAAAAAAUACAAAAAAGUUUUAAUGAUGUUGUGAAAGAUAUGUCUGGGUGAAUCUAAACCCAAAUGUUGUGGUGGUUGAACAAAAUUACAAUGUAGGGAGGGAAACUAGUUCUUUGGUGUUAGAAUCGGAUAUCAUUGGAAGAGAAGACGAUAAAAAGGAGAUUAUACACCUUUUGAGACAACCACAUGGAAACCAAAAUGUCUCCUUGAUUGCUAUUGUUGGGAUUGGUGGUUUAGGAAAGACAACUCUUGCUCAGUUGGUAUAUAAUGAUGGAGAAGUGCAAAAUUUGUUUGAAAUAAGUAUGUGGGUAUGUGUCUCUGAAAACUUUGAUGUAAAAACUAUUGUGAAGAACAUGGUUGAAUCAUUAACCAAUAGCAAAAUUGAUGAUAAGUUGUCACUUGAAAACUUGCAAAAUAUGCUUUGCAAAAAUUUAAAUGGGAAGAGAUUUUUCUUAAUCCUCGAUGACAUUUGGAACGAGAGUUUUGAAAAAUGGGCUCAAUUGAGGACUUAUUUGAUGUGUGAUGCUCAAGGCACCAAGGUUUUAGUGACAACUCGUAGUAAAGCUGUGGCACAAACAAUGGGUGUAAGAGAGCCCUAUUUUUUGAAUGGUUUGACUCCAGAAGAAUCAUGAAGUUUGUUAAAGAAGAUUGCGUUUGGGGAUGAUACCAUUGGAGUGAAUCAAACUCUUGAGUCAAUUGGUAAGAAGAUAGUGAAAAAGUGCAGAGGAGUUCCAUUAGCAAUUAGAUAAUUGGGAGGCAUAUUACAAAAUAAAAGUGAAGAAAGGGAAUGGAUCGAUGUCUUACAAGGUGAAUUUUGGAAAUUGUGUGAGGAUAACGGUACCAUUUUGCCGGUCCUAAAAUUGAGUUACCAAAAUUUGUCAUUUCAACAGAGACAAUGUUUUGCUUAUUGUGCUUUAUAUCCUAAGGAUUGGGUAAUUGAGAAGGACGAGUUGAUUCAAAUGUGGAUGGCGCAAGGUUAUCUUGAAUGUUCAAUUGAAAAGCACUGCAUGGAAGAUGUUGGUAACCAAUUUGUGAAUAUUUUCUUGAUGAAAUCAUUCUUCCAAGAUGCAAAAUUGAAUCUAGAUGGUGAUAUACAAGAUUUUAAAAUGCAUGAUUUAAUGCAUGAUCUCGCAACACAAGUAGCUGGCACUGAUUGUUGUUACUUGGAUAAUAAGUCAAAAAGAUUUAUAGGAAGACCUGUGCAUGUAUCCGUAGAAUUUGAUGCAUUUUUGUUGUUGGAAUCAUUGGAUGCAAGUAGGCUGCGAACAUUGAUUAUGUUUUCUUCUUAUGACGACAUCAAACUAGAUAGAGAGGAAUUGACAAUUAUUUCAAAUUUCAAAUUCUUACGCGUCUUGAAGCUGAGGGAUUCUUUUUUGAGUAAGCUAUCUGGCUCAAUUGAAAAGUUGAAGCAUUUAAGAUAUCUUAAUUUAUUGUCAUGUCAUGAAUUAGGAUGUCUUCCUAAAUCUAUAGGCAAUCUAAUCUGUUUACAAACAAUAAAAGUCUCAUUGGCUGAAGAAGUUAUACUUUCUACAAAAAUUGUCUCAAAAUUAAUCAAUUUGAGACACCUUGAGGUUUAUAAUUGGACCCAUAGAGACAAGAAACGAGGUGGAUUUGCAAAAAUGGGCCUACAACGGUACAAGGGCAAGGGGGUGAUCUUUUCAGAAAGGCUAUCUUCACUCACAAAUAUUAUUGAAAUACAUCUUGGUUAUUGUCAAGGUUUCCGAUAUCUCCCACCAUUGGAACGCCUUCCAUUCCUUAGGUCACUUCAAUUACAUUGCAUUAAUAAUUUGGAGUACAUAUAUUAUGAGGAGCCUAUUCUUCUCGAAUCAUUCUUUCCAUCUUUGGAGAGCCUAAAACUUUGGGAAUGCCACGAGCUGAGGGGAUGGCAGAGAAUGGGAGAUGAUUUCGAUGAUAUUAAUUCUUCACAUCAUCUCUUGUUGCCUCAGUUUCAUUGUCUAUCUAAAUUAGCAAUUAGAGGGUGUCAAAUGUUGACUCACAUGCCUACUUUUCCAAACAUUAAGAAGAGAUUAUCAUUGACAGAGUGUUGUGUGGAGAUAUUGGAAGCAACACUAAAUAUAGCAAUGUCACAAUAUUCGAUUGGCUUCCCUCCUCUUUCCAUGCUCAAAUCCAUAGAAAUUGGCGAAUUCAGUUCAGACGUGAAAAAACUCCCAAAGAAUUGGUUGCAAAAUCUCACUUCUCUUGAGAAUCUUGAAUUUUUCUUUCUUUCAAGUCAACAAUUUGAAGUAAUUGAGACGUGGUUUAAAGAUGACUUCAUCUAUCUUCCUUCCCUAAAAAGAAUCAACUUUUAUAAUUGUUUUCAUCUAAAGGCAUUACCAGAUUGGAUAUGCAACCUCUCAUCACUGCAUCAUAUAGAGAUGAUCAACUGCAGAGAUUUGGCAUUGCUGCCACAAGGAAUGCCUCGUCUUACUAACUUAUGCACCUUAGAAUUCAUUAAAUGUCCACUUUUAGUUGAAGAAUGCCAGACAGAAACAAGUGCAAUUUGGUCUAAAAUUGCUCACAUCCCAAACAUAAUCAUGAAGUGAUUUGCAAUAGAAAGAAGAGUUAUGUUUGCUUAUAUUAAGCAAAUACCUGCUGUAGAGUUAUACAAGCUUGCUUGCUCAACAAAAGAAAUGGAAGCAUGCAUGGAGAUGAGUGAAGAUGGUGCAGAAGGUUGUUUGAUGAUUUGUUUUUGUCUUCUUUUGUGAUUGCCAAAGAUGGUAAAGCUUUUGAUAAUUUCUGGAAUGAUGAUCGGUGAAUUUCCUUGUUUUGUUAGGAGGAAGAAAUGUUGUUAAUUUGUGGAUGGAUAUAUAGUUGGAAUCCAGGUGCAUGAAAUUGUGUAUUUUGAAUCCAAUUUUUUGGAAGGACAAGAGUUUUGGCUUAAAAAAGUAUUAAUUUCAUGCAA